CCAGUGACGCUCUGGCUCUGAGAUUUGGCUUUGCCCUUUCCUUGGGAACUGACAGAUAUUGCCUUGUCUUGUGCUUAGUAGGGCAGUGCUUGAGAGGGUGGUAACUAAAGUUCUUCGUUUCAGAUAAAAAUAGUUGUUCAACCAUGUCUUGCGCUGGCCACAGAGCCGAGGUUCAGACAAAGUUUUCUCCUACUGCUCCACAUUUUUUUAAGAUUAUUCUUGAUCAAACUCUCGGGAAGAAGUUACAAAUUCCCAAGGCAUUUUGGAUGAAAUAUUGUGGUUCCUUAUCGAGUCAAGUAAUUCUUAAGCUUCCAUGUGGAUCAAGAUGGGAGGUAGGGUUGACUAAAAGUGAUGGGAAGGUAUGGAUAGAAAAGGGUUGGAAUAAAUUUGCAGAAUAUUAUUCUUUAAGCCGUGGAGACCUCUUAGUUUUUCGAUAUGAGAACUCUCAGUUCAAUGUUACUAUAUUCGAGAAAACUACUGUGGAGAUAGAAUAUCCUUCUAAUCCUAAGCAUUUUGAGAAGCAUGUUGAUACUGAUGAAGAUGAUGUUUCUAUUGAAGUUUUGGAUAGCUUUUCAUUGUAUCCUAAAACCAGGGUAAAAUCUCGGCCCCACAAGAAAAUGAGACCAAGUGAAGUACAAAGCAACCUAUCUCAUCUUAGAUCUAAAGUUAUGCAAAAAGGAAGCUUAUCAAGUAGAGUGGAAUCUGGUAACAUAACUGGCUUGUCUACCCCAAGAAGAUACCAGAAACCCUCUUAUGUCUACAGAAACACCUCAUCUCUUGGAAGAGGCAACUACUUUCAGUCUGAAUAUCCUUCCUUUACUGUCAUCAUGAAAUCAUCAUAUACAAGUGGUCAGAGAACUUUCCAUAUACCAUGCAGGUUUGCAGAAACAUACAUUAAUAAGAAAGAGUGUGAAGCUAGCCUUUGGGUUUCAAAUGGUAAAUCUUGGUCCGUCUAUUACAAAGUUAAAUCCAUAGGUGGAUAUACAGCAGCCCAACUCAGUCAUGGAUGGAAAGCAUUCGCACUGGAAAAUAGUUUGGAAGUGGGUGAUAUUUGCACCUUUGAACUGAUGAAUAAUUGUGGCAAUGAAAUUUCAUUUAGAGUUUCCAUUGUUAAGGGUGAUGAUGCUGAUGAUGAUGCACAUAAUUACUUAGAUAAGUCCACGAAGAUGACAUCUGAAGCAAAUACUGGAAACCAAGGCACUAAUAAGAGGCCUUUAUCUUCAGUAGUUUUGACAGCUUCUGAAGCAGCCAGCCAUUUCUUUUCAAAAAAUCCUAGCUUCCAAGUGGCUUUGCUAUCAGAUCACGUGCAGGGAUAUAAACUAUACAUUCCAUUGACAUUUGCAAGCCUUUAUUUAGAGGAAAAGGCACAAACUAUGACUCUUUGGGUUGGUGAGGAAUAUUGGCAUGUGAAGUUAAUUGUUAAUGGAUCAGAAUAUAAAUUUUCUCCUGCUGGAUGGGGUGCAUUUGCAAUAGAGAACACUCUUCAGCCAAGUGAUGUCUGCAUCUUUGAACUGAUUAAGAGGAAUCAACCUGAGAUGAAAGUUACAAUAAUUAGAGAGAACUUUUUAUACUUUUGAGCUAAACUAAUGAAAUUCAAGAAAACUUUAUUCAAAGUAUUGUUAAGAAUGUUAUUAUGCAACAAUGCAUAUAAUCACCUCCUGGUGAGAAGUACUUAAUUAUACUGAUGUCACGGUUAAACUUCUGAACUAUAUAUCUAUUUUGUAUCACAGUCGAGGGGAUGACUUAAAAGUAGUUAAUUAUCAUUGUUUUGUUGUGAAUCUUUAUAUUUUAUUCAUGCUUGUUUGUAAGAAUUGAUGUUAAUCUUAAAUCUUUAUGACUUUAGGUCG